UCGAGCGUCCGUCAGAUUCCAGAAGUCCGACAGCGUGAGCCUCCGCCAGAUGCAGCGGUACAAAGCGGACGACGGAGAAUGGGAGCGAGAGCAAGAAGACAAGGGGAAGUUUGUUGCCACGAGGAGGAGGAGGAGGAGGAGAAGAAGAAGAAGAAGAAGAAGAAGAAGAAGAAGGACAAGAAGAAGAGUGACAAGCAGGAGGAGAAGAAGCAGAAGCAGAAGAAGCAGAGGAAGAGGAAUAGCGACAAGCAGGAAGAGGAGGAGGAGGAGAAAAAGAAAAAAAAGGGGGUCCGGGAAAGGGAGACACCCCUAUCCAGAUUUUUUCGAGACGUCAUCAUGAAGGGUUCCCCUGUUAAGAAGAAGGAUGUUUCAUUCUCGGUUCUUGGGAGACGUUUCGCGGAUUACCACCUCCCUCCCGAGACCCCUCGUCCGGCCACGGUCUCUCCUCCCCGUCCUCCUCCUCCCCCUCCCCCUUGGAGCCAUCUGCCGUUAUCGCACAAGCUGCAGCCACGAGAAAAGCUGCAGCCACGAGAAAAGAGUGUAAGGAUGAUGAUGAGGAUGGCCAAGGAAGGGGGGCAAGCGGGAACGUCAAGAGAGAGGAGUCGCUCGGCUGGCCUGCCUUGGGCCAGCCAAUUCUUGAAAGACUUGCCAGGCGUGGGAGUAGGCGGAGGGGGGGGAGGAAGUGGAGGGGGUGUUGGGGGUAAUUGGGAGCCAGGCGGUGAUAGCAAGGCAACCAGGACUGCCCCGAUCGCGGUCUGGGAAGGUCAGAGAGAUCACCCUCCUCCCUCCUCCCCCGCCUCCGCCUCCUCCGCCUCCUCCCCCGCCUCCCCAUCCUCCCCUCCUGUUCGAGCGACCGCCCCCGCGCGCCCAAAUGUGGCGGGACGAAACAAGAGCCCCGGUCCGGCGCGCAAGGCUGCCAGGCCGGCUAGGUACGACGUUAUGGACAAGAAGAAGCCCAGAUACAUGAUGGAUAGGAGAGUGAAGGAGGGGUUUUGGGAGCAAACUGCGGCCGAGUGGCUGCUGGAUGACGAAGUUUUGAACCAACGGUUGACUUUCGGAUCAGCGGAUAAUGAUGUGAUCGUCAGCAGAGACGAGGGCGUCGUGCUGCGUAGGGAUAAGCAGGUCGGGACCUCCUCAUCCUUGUCCUUAUUAAGUAACAUAGUGAGCGAACCCUUCGGGCACAGAUUAGACCAAGCUCUCGCAUCUCUUAACGUGUUUAAGAAGGACAAGGAGGUUCCCCCGACCUCGACCUGCAUACCGAUGGGAUCGGAGCAGGUCGCACGCCGCGGCAGCAGAGGUCGGGGUCGGGACGAGGCAACCCGACCAUGGACGUCCUCGGACGCCUGGCAUGAUGGCCAGGCGCCCCCGGGAGCAGAGGUCGACGAGAUCCCGACCAGGCAACCACCCGGCCAUGUGCGCGCUCUGGUGACGACGGGGCUCAGGAAGAAUCCCCCCGCCUCCGCCUCCACCUCCUCCUUCUCCCAUCCCUCCCUUGUGCCGACCUUGCCCACCUCCGUAAACGACCCCCCCACUAUCUUCCCUGAAAUUACCACUUCGACUACGUCUCCUCUGACCGCCGAUGGUGUGCCUCGAGGGAGAGGAGGAGGAGGAGGAGCAGGAGGCGGCGAUGGCGGAUUUGACUUUGACAUCCCUCCUCGUCGAAGGCGAGGAAGACGGAGAGAGAGAGACGUUUGGACCUCGCUGGGGGUUGACAUCCUGCCUCCGCGUAUGCUUUCCAGGUUCGACCGACGGCAGAGGCUUUGGUCUGCCCCUCCUCAUCCCAAGGUGGAGGAGCAGCUGAAGCACCACGCAGGAGAUGACGAGCCCGCAGUGGACAGCAACCUCGUGUUGGUGAUGAACUCGAAGGGAGAAUGGAAGCAGGUGAAGAUGGAGUCCAUAUACGUAGAGACGGGAGAAGCGUCGGGAUACCACCAGAGGGGGGGCAAGAUGGGGUUGAGUCGAUCGCAAUCCCGACUGCGAAGCACGAGGAGCGGGCAACGCUUGCCUAGCCCGGGAGGAAGAUCCGGCGGCGGCGGCGGCGGCGCGGUGUCCUCCUCCCCGUGGGACGGCGGCUUUCUCUCAUCCUCCGCCUCCGCUUUCGGUCAGGCGGAGGAGAUGGGGGGAGCGGCGGCGGGGGAAGGGGGAGAGAGCGGGGGGAGGCCCCACGCCGUGCCUGGAAGUCAAGCCCAGAAGCACGCCAGGAGCUCUGUCCUGAGAGAAAGCCUGAUGUCCGCACGAACCCUCCACGCCGCCAAGGACGUCCGCGGGAAGAUUCAGUUCUACAUGCGGAAUGAUAGGGAGAGAGAGCGGCUGAUUAGCAGAGUCCGGGAGUACGCACGGCAGGCGAAGGAGGAAAGCAAGAGGAGGGUCCACAACAGAGUGGUGGUGGCACGCUCCAAGCGCGCCGCCAAGCAAGCUCCCCAGCCGUCGAUCUUGCAUCCAAUGCCCCCCAGGAAUCAGAGGAUCCGAGAGAGGAAGAAUAGAUGGGAGUCUGUCAUCACGCGGAGUUAUUCGGUGCGGAAAAACGAGCAGAAGAUGAGAGAGCAGUAUCAGGAGAUCCUGAGGAAUGGGGGGUUGAGGGCGAAUCCUCAACAAGAGGUGCAGUUUCAGCAGGUGGUAAAGAGAUGGUGGAUGGUGUUGAUUGCUCUCGCAAGCAGGUUCCAGGCGCUGGCAGAGUACGUGAAGGAGGAGAGGGAGAGAGAGAAGGUGGACAAAGCGCGCCGAGUGGCAGCCACGAAGAUUCAGAGAUGGUUCCGGCGAUGGAGGGUGAAGAGACGAGAGCAGGUGGUUCAGGAAAGUGCCACUGCGAUACAGAGAGCAGUGAGGAGCUGGCUGGGACGCACUUUCGUCCCCAGAAGACAGCAGGCCGCCUCCCUCAUCCUGGCCUUCCUCCUGGACAUCAAAGCCCCCUUCACUCUCCUUCAGUCCUUGCAGGAAUACCAAAAGCGCAUGGCGGCCAUCCAGCAGUUCAUCAGGAGACGUGCGCAGACGAUGAAGGCCAAGAAGACGCUGAUCUUGCUGCAAUGGGAAAGGGCAGAGGAGCAAUUCGCUAAGCACUACAAGCACAAGGCGGGGGGCAAGAGGAAGAAGAGAUCGAUGGCUGCAGACAAGGUCGGCAAGAAGGCGUCGGCUUUGCUGAGGACAAAGCCGCUGACGCCCGACGUGGUGCAAGCUGCUGGCGUCUCUUCCCAGCCUGUCAACCCGAGCGAUGGCAGAGCGGAGAGGAGCGCUCCUCCUCCUCCUGCUGCUGCUGCUCCUCUGCACAGACCAUCCGUGACGGCCACAAAAGAGAACCAACACAGCUUAUUACUCUCCUCUCCCUCUCAACAACAACAGCAACAGCAAGGGAGAGAGGCGAAAGAAGCAGAACAGCACAGGUCAACAGCAGAGAGGUCGGCAGGAUCUGGGCAGGUGCAAUCAGGUGGGAAGACGCAAGAAGGACAAAGGGAAAAGCCGUCCGGGAAACCGGCUGCAUCUGGAAGAGAGAGUGACCCGUCGUCCUCUGUUCCAAGCGGCAGUGGCAUGGAGGACAGACAGAAGAAGGCGAUGGCCGGGGCAGGGGCCGGAGAAGGGCCCCCAGGAAGAAGAAAGUCAGCCCUGCUGAUACCGGCCACCAGCUAUGGCCAGGGAGAUGGCGAUGGCAAAUUGCAGAAAGAUCGACUGCCAUUAAGGAGGAUAAGCGGUGUGCAAUCUAUCGCAGGGAGCGAGCUGCAUGGGCCACCUGGAGGAGGAGGAGGAGGAGGAGGAGAAAGAGGGGCAGAUGAAGGCGGAAGCGGUCCCCUCCCCUCACGUGCUACACCUGGCUCUGGACUGAGGAAAAACAGAGACAAGGCAAUGGCCCGCCAAGCUCCGGACUUGUUGGUUGGGCCAGAGUAUGCCGAGGUCAUGGUUGUUCCUGAUGACGUCAAGUCAAAGUGUAUUGACAAGUUUCUGGAAAUAAAGAAGGCAGAGUAUUGUGCUGCUCUUCUAAAGUACUUGAGGGAGAUGUCUGCCAACGAACGACAAAAGAAGGAGAGAGAAGCGUUGAUUGAAGCCAGCCGGGGGGUGCUCGGAGAUGCAUAUUCUGCGGAAGAACUUCCGCCUCCAAAGAAGCCGAACCAAUUUACGCUGGCAAGGAGGGACGAGCUCAAGGCACUAAUGACCGCAGGCUACAUGAAGACUGUCUCUGACAAGCACCGCACGACUUCGUUCCAGUGAAACUAAACCAACCACACGACUUCCCCGACUCUUUGCACACUAGCAACCCCAUAUGUGUUGUCAUGUUCGCUAAUUCCACAAAAGG